UUGUAAUUUAAAGAUUGAAGAAUAAUAUUAUAAAGGUACUCAGAUAUAUCGAAAAGGGGUGUUAUUCCUUGAUUUUUAACUACGCGUUAACCACGGAUAAAUACAAGUAUAAUUUGCAUUGCUUCCUCUUUUCUAUCUUUCAUCUUAGUAUUACUUGAAGUUUUGUCGAUUUCACAACAAAAUUGGAAAAGUAGACUCCAGUUUAAAUUAUAGUGUGUUGUGGAAUAUUUAUAAUCAUGAACAUAAAUAUGACUACACAACAACGCGAGGAAAAGCAGUUGGAAGCUACAAUACAAGCAAUAUUAAAUAGAGUGAAUGAUUUGAAACUAGCUAUACAGGCUCUUAUAACUAAAUUGGAAACUGAAUAUGAAACAAUUAACUGGCCAACGUUUUUGGAUAAUUAUGCAAUAUUAUCAGGACAUCUGACAGGAUUAAGUAAAAUAUUGCAAGCUGAAUUAGCAUCACCAUUGAGAUCUCGUAUAGUUUUACCUCUGCAAUUGAGUUGUGAAAGAGAUGAAACUCUAGUACGACUGACAGAAGGCAGAGUACCUGCAUGUACCCAUGACUUAGUACCAGACUUGCUUCGUACUAAACCAGAACCCCAAGCAGAACAGAGGCUUCAACAGUUUAAUCAUAAAGCCAGUACUCUCAGCUAUGAUACUGCUCAGAAACAAGUAGCACAAUUUGCUAAAGUUGUAAGUCAUGUAUGGGAAAUAAUAUCCAAGGGCCGCGAAGACUGGGAAGGUGAAUCAAUGAGAUCUGCAGGCAUGCAACCGACGCACAUAAUCGGCGACACGCACGCGCUGGUGACGGCGGUGGGCACGGGCAAGGGGCUGCGGCCCGGGCUCGCGGCGAUGGGCGCGGGCGCGGGGCCGGCGCUGGGGGCCCGGCCGGCGGCGCCGCUGGGCCCGGCCGCGCCCUCGCUACCUAAACCACCCUCCGCCAUCAAGACCAACAUCAAAGCGGCCAACCAGAUACACCCCUAUCAACGAUAGCUCGCGCCUCACCAUGACGCCCCGACGGAAUCACACUAUUACGUAUUGCGGAUAUAAAUUUCGUAAUUUACAUUAUGAAAAUAAGCUUAACUGUACUUUCAA